AUGGCGGUUCUCGCUCGAGGUCUGAUGAUUGCCGUCCUGCGCACGUGCCUGCCCAGCAAGGGGCGUCUCGAGGCCGUCGGUAGGCCGCAGUCUCGUUUGGCGUGCGUAGCCCCAACCGCAUCCCCGAAGCAUUUCUCCCAUAGCAAGUUCCGGUCCAUGAUAACAGCUUACAUCAAACCCCUUGCCCUCCUUCACAUGAUCUGGGCCAAGACGGCACUAGUAGGGCCCUUACCCACCAGCCGGGCCUCACUCUUUGACAACUUCGCAGUCCGCGGACCCGGUCUCACUCUAACUGGGGUGCAAGAUAGCGGGGUAACCUGGCUGGUCUGCAAUAAGUGAUGGGAGUCAUCUUUCCCCGUCCGCCAAUUAGAGAAAUAAUGUCUCGUCCGGCAUUACACCCUCAAGCGGGUUGCCAGAAAAAGCAAUUCAAGGAGGGGAAAAGGGGGGGAAAUGUCUCAGGCCAAGGUGCCGGUGCCGGUGAUGCUGAUUCCUCAAACAUCCCCGCGCUUCUAAAAUAAAUAAAAAAUACCC